AUGCCGGAUUUCGGAGAGCACGUCGACAAUGGGAUCUUUGAACAGAUCCUAGAGAUGGACGAUGACGACAAGCGCGAGUUCAGCAAGUCCUUGGUCACCAACUUCUUUGACCAAGCUGAGGAGACCUUUGUCAAGAUUGAGGAGGUUUUGAACAAUGAGAAGCUCGACAACGGCAAGAGGCUCGAGACGCUGUCGAGUCUGGGCCAUUUCUUGAAGGGUUCUUCAGCCACCCUCGGUUUCAACAAGAUCAGGGAUUCGUGCCAAAUCAUCCAACAAUACGGUCACAAGCUCACUGUCGAUGGAGCUGCGGAGCCCAACGAACAAGUUUGCCUGGAGAAGAUUCAGGCUGCCCUCAAGACAGCCAGGAACGACAAAAACGUGCUGGCGGACAUGAUGUUGAACGAAACACACGGCUUCUUCCAGCCAGAUGACGAAUAG